CACAAGCCGACUCAAACCGACGCAAACCGAGCUGCACGGCUUCAUCUGGAUCUGUCAACCGCUUCAGACUGCGUGGGGAAAUUAGUCCAAAAUAAGUAAUAAACAAUGAGUCAACGACAAAUAAUUCAAGUUUUCGAACAGUACCAGAGAUCCCGAAUGCAAUUUGUUCAGACUGUGGCUGAUCUUGCAAACCGGCCACAAAACAUAGAAAUUCUGCAAAAUAUGGGUGUGAUGUCCUUGCUACGCCCACUUAUGCUGGAUGUAGUACCUAGUAUCCAGCAGACUGCAGCCUUGGCUCUCGGCCGCCUGGCAGACCACAAUAAUGACCUGGCUGAAGCUGUGGUGAAAGCAGACAUCCUCCCCCAACUUGUCAACUCUCUUGAUUCACAGAAUCGGUUUUACAAAAAGGCAGCAGCGUUUGUGCUGCGGGCUGUAGCCAAACACUCUCCUGAGCUGGCUGAGGCUGUGGUGUUGUCUGGAGGAGCCAAAGCUCUGGUGCUCUGCCUCGAGGACUUUGACCCCGGGGUGAAGGAGGCAGCUGCCUGGGCUCUGGGCUGCAUCGCACGGCACAAUGCAUCUCUAUCUCAAGCCGUCGUGGAUGCAGGUGCAGCUCCUCUGCUGGUCUUGUCUCUCCAGGAGCCUGAAAUAGCCCUGAAACGUAUCGCUGCCUCUACACUGAGUGACAUCUGCAAACACACACCACAACUGGCCCAUACAGUGGUGGACACUGGGGCUAUUGCACAUUUGGCACAAAUGAUUCUAAAUCCAGACGCCAAACUCAAGAGACAGGUGUUCUCAGCGUUGAGUCAGAUCAGUAAGCACUCCCACAGUCUGGCUGAGAUGGUGAUCGAGGCGGAGAUUUUCCCUGCAGCAAUUGCCUGCCUUAAAGACCCAGACGAGUAUGUGAGGAAAAACGUCACUACGCUUAUGAGAGAGGUAGUCAAGCAUACACCAGAGCUGGCUCAGUUAAUAGUGAACUAUGGAAGUCUGGCAACUGUUAUAGACUACUUGGGCGAAUGCAGUGGACAGAUGCGUCUGCCUGGGAUCAUGAUGCUGGGAUACAUAGCAGCACACAAUGAGAAUCUAGCUAUGGCUGUCAUUCUUUCUAAGGGGGUGCCUCAGCUUGCCUUAUGCCUAUCGGAGGAGCCUGAGCAUCACAUCAAAGCUGCAACAGUGUGGUCCAUAAACCAGAUUGGACAGCACACUCCAGAGCAUGCCAAAGCAGUAGCUAUGUGCAGCCUGCUCCCAAAACUAUUGAAGCUCUACAUGGACCCCAACAGCUCUGAGGACCUGCAGACCAAGAGUAAGAAAGCACUGAAGAGCAUCCUCCAAAAAUGCACCUAUCUUCCUGGUCUAGAGCCCCUACUCUAUGAUGCCCCCUCCAAUAUUCUCAAACAUGUGGUUGGCCAAUUCAGCAAGAUCCUGCCUCAUGACAGUAAAGCGCGGCGGCUCUUUGUCACCAGUGGAGGACUGAAGAAAGUGCAGGAGAUUGAUGCAGAGCCCGGGUCAGUUCUACAGGACCACAUCAACGCCAUUAACAGCUGCUUCCCAGAAGAGAUAGUCAGAUACUACUCUCCUGGAUACUCAGAGGCAUUACUGGAGCGUCUAGAAAACUAUCAACCAGCCUGAUUGACACUAACAAAGCAAUAACAUGACUCCAUGAAGAAAAGCAUCUGAUGACACCUCCACCAGAAAAGUUAUACAAUGCACCUUCAAGCUUCUACACUUUGUUUGCUGAAUUAAGAAAGACUUUUAAUGAAGUAGC